AAGAAAAGAAAAAGAAUCCAUAAUAUGGCUGUUCACAAACAAGUUAGUCUCUUUGCUUACCUACUUGUUCUUGGAAUGUUGCUAUUUGUAAGCGCGAUGGAACAUGCUGAUGCCAAGGCUUGUACUAAAGAAUGUGGUAAUCUUGGCUAUGGGAUAUGCCCACGUUCAGAAGGAAGUCCGGAAAAUCCCAUAUGCACCAACUGUUGUGCAGGUUAUAAAGGUUGCAAUUAUUAUAGUGCUAAUGGGACUUUCAUUUGCGAAGGAGAAUCUGACCCAAAGAAACCAAAAGUGUGCCCCCUAAAUUGUGAUCCACAUAUUGCCUAUUCAAAGUGUCCCCGUUCAAGAGGAAAUACACUAAUUUAUCCCACUGGAUGUACCACAUGUUGCACGGGGUACAAGGGUUGCUAUUAUUUUGGUAAAGAUGGCAAGUUUGUUUGUGAGGGAGAGAGUAUUGAACCCAAGGCAUGUACCUUGGAAUGUGACUCUAGAGUUGCAUACAUGACUUGUCCAUCUUCUGGAUUGGCCAAAAUUUAUCAAGUUUGUGUUAAUUGUUGCACCGCAGGAGAGGGUUGUAAACUUUAUGGACAUGAUGGAUCUUUAAUUUGUACUGGAGAGCCUCAAAGCUAUAUAUCUACAACAUAAGGCAUCAUCAAUAAUAUGUGUUGUAGUUUUUAAUUAAUGUAUGAAAUAAAAACAUGCACACAAUGACAUGCUAAUCACUAUAAUGUGGGCAUCAAAGUUGAGUGUUAUGUGUAACUACUUAUUAUAUUUGAAUAAGAGAAAAAUAUCAUCCAUAAUUGAGGACUUAGCUCCUCUCUAGUGGUGAUCUCCUUUGGUCUUAUCCUUAAU